AUACUUCCAUUCCGAGCGUCGAUCGGGGAAACAGUCGGAUCCACAGCUGUCGGCUCCGAGCGGACGCGAUGCUUCGAAAAGAGCUCCUUGUUCAGUGCGUCCUUUUGUUGGCGGCAUUGGGAUGGCUCGGGUCCGAUGCUGCGAGUACCGCAACGGUGGGGCAGACGACACCCUCUUCUUACCAGAAGUCAGUUUCCUCGACGACGUCCGUAACCAUUGCAACCACUACAGGAGACGCUUCCACGCAAGGAAACAGAGCAACGGUGCCUCUGACCACUCCCAGUACGUCUACAGCGAGCGCAAUUAGUAAUGCCACAGCAGCCACUGCAGGAGCCGUCUCCACGCAAGGAAGCACAGCAACGGUACCUCUGACCACUCCCAGUACGUCUACAGCGAGCGCAAUCAGCAAUGCCACAGCAGCCACUGCAGGAGCCGUUUCCACGCAAGGAAGCACGGCAACGGUAUCUCGGACCACUCCCAGUGCCUCUACAACGAGCGCAGUCAGUAAUGCCACAGCAGCCACUGCAGGAGCCGUCUCCACGCAAGGAAGCACAGCAACGGUAUCUCGGACCACUCCCAGUGCCUCUACAACGAGCGCAGUCAGUAAUGCCACAGCAGCCACUGCAGGAGCCGUCUCCACGCAAGGAAGCACAGCAACGGUAUCUCGGACCACUCCCAGUGCCUCUACAACGAGCGCAAUCAGCAAUGCCACAGCAGCCACUGCAGGAGCCGUCUCCACGCAAGGAAGCACAGCAACGGUAUCUCGGACCACUCCCAGUGCCUCUACAACGAGCGCAGUCAGUAAUGCCACAGCAGGAGCCGUUUCCACGCAAGGAAGCACGGCAACGGUAUCUCGGACCACUCCCAGUGCCUCUACAACGAGCGCAGUCAGUAAUGCCACAGCAGCCACUGCAGGAGCCGUCUCCACGCAAGGAAGCACAGCAACGGUAUCUCGGACCACUCCCAGUGCCUCUACAACGAGCGCAGUCAGUAAUGCCACAGCAGCCACUGCAGGAGCCGUCUCCACGCAAGGAAGCACAGCAACGGUAUCUCGGACCACUCCCAGUGCCUCUACAACGAGCGCAGUCAGUAAUGCCACAGCAGCCACUGCAGGAGCCGUCUCCACGCAAGGAAGCACAGCAACGGUAUCUCGGACCACUCCCAGUGCCUCUACAACGAGCGCAGUCAGUAAUGCCACAACAGGAGCCGUCUCCACGCAAGGAAGCACGGCAACGGUAUCUCGGACCACUCCCAGUGCCUCUACAACGAGCGCAGUCAGUAAUGCCACAGCAGCCACUGCAGGAGCCGUCUCCACGCAAGGAAGCACAGCAACGGUAUCUCGGACCACUCCCAGUGCCUCUACAACGAGCGCAGUCAGUAAUGCCACAGCAGCCACUGCAGGAGCCGUCUCCACGCAAGGAAGCACAGCAACGGUACCUCUGACCACUCCCAGUACGUCUACAGCGAGCGCAAUCAGCAAUGCCACAGCAGCGCUGGAUCUGGACGCCGGCUGCAACGAGGCCGUCUGCUCGCGCCCGCACUGCGCAUGCGCCUCCGACAAGCCCCCCGCAGGCAUGCGACCCGACCAGGUGCCACAGUUCGUGACGCUGACGUUCGACGACGCCGUGACGGUGACCAACAUGGCCUUCUACCGCGAGCUGCUCGAGGGCUUCGCCAGGAAGAACAAGGCGAACGGCUGCGGCAUCGCGGCCACUUUCUUCGUGUCGCACGAGUACACGGACUACGCGGCCGUCAACGCACUGCACUCCUGGGGCAACGAGAUCGCCGUGCACUCGAUCAGCCACCGAACCGACUGGGACUACUGGAACACCAUCAACAGCACCCAGUGGGAACGGGAGAUGCUGGAUCAAAAGGUCAUGAUGGAGACGUUUGCGAAUGUGCCAGCGUCGGACGUGACCGGUGUCAGGGGCCCAUUCCUCUACACCGGAGGAGACCAGCUCUUCCGCAUGCAAGCGCUACAUUUUCGGUACGACUGCACCCUGGUCCACCAGCGCGUCAGACGUGGCGCCGAAAACCCCGUCUACCCGUACACCAUGGACUUCGGCUUCCGACGCAGCUGCAUGGUGUACCCGUGUCCCGAGCGCACCUACCCGGGACUCUGGGUGGUGCCCAUGAAUGUGCUCUUCCGCGAGCGCGAGGGCCAGGACUUGCCGUGCGCCAUGGCAGACAUGUGCGUGCCGCAGCCGAUCACGGUCAACGAAACCUUCGAGUACCUCAGGUCCAACUUCGAGGACUUCUACACGACCAACCGAGCACCUUUCCCUUUGUUCCUUCAUGAGGCUUACCUGCAACAACCCAGUCGCAAGCAGGGCUACCUGCAGUUCAUCGACUGGCUACUGCAGAAGGACGACGUCUUUCUCGUGACCAUCUCCGAAGUGCUACGCUUCAUGCAGGACCCGAAGCCGCUGGGAGCCUACGUUCAGCAUACGUGCCCUGGCGGCGUCGUGCAAAGCACCUGUCCCAAGCCGAACACGUGUGCUUACAAGAAUACAUCACUGGGAGGCGACCGCUACAUGACGACCUGUUCUCAGUGCCCCAAGAACUAUCCAUGGGUUGGAAAUCCCAUGGGCAACUAGUGAACGUGCCACCUGGUCCCCAAGGACUGAAGUGAACACCGCGCUUUAGCAGUCCAGCACUGAAAUUUGUGCUCUGGCGGGCGGCGCGUUUUUAGCACUUUUCUUCGUUACCUUUCUUUUUCAUUACAAAAGCUUAAAUUUUCUUGACAGCAGUUUGUGACUCACGUGUCGCGAAUAUGCAGCUCAUACAUAUUUCUUUGGAAGAAGGAAUUAUCAUCGUCCACAAACAGUGUGCUUUGCAUUUCUUCCUCCAUGUCUCCAUGCCUCCUCUGAACUACAGCUCUAGCAGUUUCGGCAGUUCGUAGCAGUUUCACUCUUCACCAUUUUCGCGGACACACUUUAGGGGACUUUGCAUCGCGAAGUGGCUCCCGUGAGAUAUAUCCAAAAAUUCAGGAAUUAAUUGUUACGGCAACUAGCGCUUCGAGACUGGCUGAUGGAAACUUCCUUAUAAUACACCAGAAGGCCUCAAACUGAAAUGAAAGUGGCCAUAUAUCCAGAUCCCACAAACCCCCAUAUCAAUCUGCACUCAGUAAAGACCUCUUAAGAAGUCGGCGUUGCAUUCGUGUACAUGUUUUAGGAGAAAGUUCCAGUUGAACCACUGACUGCUUCCAAGCGUCAUACAUCGUUUACGACAAUUUUGACGCGCAUCACACCAUGAGGCUUGACAAAAACACAAAUGCUAAAAGCCCCUUGAUCCACACAACUUCGCCAAGUGGUAGGCAGAAAACGUCCUGGAGGUGCUUUAAUGGAUGCCUGUAGAAAGAUCACGAAAUACAUUGGUCAACUUAGGCUUAUAUGUCGCAAAUGACGGCAAGGUGACGUCUUGCCGGCCAUCUGCAUCCGCAAGUGACCUUACUAUGCAUUCAAUUAGCGUUCAUGUAUACGGUCGGUCACAUCAGGUUGGACAGGGAGCAACAAAUUCCCUGUUUUACAGCGAAGCUGCACACGGCUAGGGUUUCGCACAUAUUUGUUCUGCGUGAACAAAAACUAUCAUCAUCAAUGGCUCGUAGCCCCGUAAGGCAGAGGCUACAAGCACUUAGAAGUGAAGCGAACAGUGCUUAAAUUCUAUUUCAUCACACAUACAACAUACAGAACAGCAUGUCGAAAACUGUCAUCAUACUGAAAAUGGAGCUGUUUACGUGUUCUGUGUUGCAGACAUAUCCCUUGCGAUGCCACACCUAUCCGGUCCAACCGAACACCCAGCAGCGUACUUGCAAGUGAUUUGACAUUAUCAAAGAAUGUGACUGCAGUUGCGAGUGAGACAUGAAUGACCAAGGAUCAAGACAAUAAAAGAGUGUGCGUACCUUUUGUAACGAUGACCACCCAUCAAGACAAUAAAUCAGCUCGUACCUUUGUUCAAAA